UUCAAUUCCGGUCAUACUUUGUCUAAUGCAAUGCUUGGUCUAUUUCCAUAAUGGAAAUAAGCGUGGCAAAAUAACGAAGUAGAAGUAAGUGUUGACAUCAGAGCAGACCAUAGUGGGGCGAAUGGAUACGAGCAUUAAAGGGAACUUUAUUUCGCCAGUGUUCCAGCUUUGAUGAUGAAGACAAGAUUAACAGCUCGGCACUAUACAACCGAUUUUGCAACAUUAGGACGCGAAACCGAUUUCCCCGUCAGGUCUGUGCACUAAGUUCAAACACAACAAAUCCAUUAUCACAGUAUAGAAUUACGACGUCCUGCCCCUAUAUAUAUAUAUAUAUAUAUAUAUAACAGAUCCUGUUACGAGUCAUGGGAAGUUCACCUCUAAACGAAGAAAAGGUACGGUAUGAAGUUGCCUCCGGCCAUCGUCGAGUUCGCCGGAAAGAACGUGCUCUACAGUCAUACAAUGAUAAUAUGCACAAAUCGAAUACGCUUCUACGAACGCGUUCCUGGCCUCGACGAAAGGCAAAAAAAACCGGCCCAAGAAGGGGCGAAGGCGUUUCCAGCUGGUCCUUACGGGGUGGAUUGCCACAGCGGCAUUCGAAUGAUCGGUCGAACCUACUAGGGGGUCGGCACGAUAUGAGCACUGCCGUUGAACUCGCGCGUGGGGGCUACGGUUGUGUAUAUCGUGUGUUUGAUGAAAUAACAAAAAAACACGUAGCUUUGAAGUUACAAAUUGGACAAGUAAUGCAUGCAAACUUUGUGCGAGAGGUAAGAGUGCUGGCGUAUCUAAGACAAUUUCGGAACAGCAAUAUUGUGUGGCUCAUAGGCCACUUUCAGUACAAGCAAGGAACAUUGAUCCGUUAUUACCUCACGAUGGAGCUACUCUCAACAGACCUGCAUCGCACAAUGUAUGCUGGAUCCCAGUUUACUAUUAAGACUACGCGUCGAAUCGCGAAGCAAAUCUGUGAUGCGCUUGCCUUCCUGCGACAGGUAGAAGUCGUGCACUGCGACCUAAAACCAGGAAAUAUUCUGCUAUGUCGGGCAGGGUGGACGUGGAUUAAGAUCAGUGAUUUUCGAUUAAGUUACAUGCCUGCCGUUCAUCAUAAGCCAAAAGUUGUACAAACGCUAGGAUAUCGAGCUCCUGAAGUAAUGUUAUCUCAAAGGCGAUCGUACGCUAUAGACAUGUGGUCCUUUGGCGUCAUAUUGACCCAGAUGUACACACACAGCCUUCCUUUCAGAGGGUGGACUGAACUACAUUCAAUACGGCAAAUGGUUGCCGUGCUCGGCAUGCCGUCGAAUGACCUGCUUCGAUCGUUUGGUUCAGCGGAGCGGCAUUUCACUCUGAAUAAAGACGGUAACUAUGAGCUCGUGGAUGUUCUUGAUGAAGCUCUUGAGAAUCCGAAAAAUUUAGAGGAACUGAUUGUUCAGGGUGGCGAGCAACAAGAUGUUAAUAAUGAACUAACAGAAAAGAGAAGACAAUUAUGUGACCUCGUCCGACGUAUUUUUGUAUUUGACGAUAUUCACAGACUGACACCGGAUCAGGCAUUGCAACAUGACUUCUUCAGCCAGUAUGAGGACGAAUUGCAGCAUUUGAACGUGCCCAUAGAACGAUGUGUAGAAGAAUGUUACUGGAUAGAAACUUCUAUGCACUGGAUUUAGCUAACAAGCUCAUUGACUAAUCGACAGAUAAUAAUAAUAAACGAAAUUUAUCA